ACAUAUAGUAAGUAAUAAGAAGUAUUAAGUUGCGGUAGUAUUGUUACAUCGAUGUUUUAGUUAUUAUAAUCUGCCAAGCUUUUCAUAAAAAAAAGCUUCAAUUUCCAUCGCAUAUACAGAAGGAGGGUUCAAAGCUCGUGAGAGUGAGAGCUAGAGAGUAGUGCACACCCCAUUAUUAACUAUACUACAAGGACGUCGAGGUCAAAAGAAACGUUCUACUUCUACUAGGAUUGAUUGGCUUUCGUUUUAUCUUUGGUGUUUUCUUUUCUGUCGUAUUACAUACUUACUACUGUGUUGUACAUUGACACCCACCAAGAAAUCGUAAGAGGUCCGAUCGAACGAUAACGUCGACAACGCAUCAGUACACGGAGAGAAGGCGGAGACCACGCCCAGGAAGAAAACCUAGUCUCGUCGAUCAUGGACAUGAUAAUGUCGAAUCUCCAGCAGCAGCGCCAGAUUAACGAGCAGCUGCGUCACGAGGCCGCGAUAAAGCGCAUGAACGUCAGCAAGGCCAUCGAGGACCUUAUCAAGUAUAUAAUGGAGCACGAGCAGGAGGACUGUCUCCUCGUCGGCUUCUCCUCGCAAAAGUCCAAUCCGUUCCGCGAGAAAAGCUCGUGCUCGAUUCUCUGAGGGAAGGUGAUGCUCCUCGUUGCCCCCCACGGUUGUUCAAUCAUUUGAGUUUGUUGACAGAUCACCAUGUGAAUCAUACUUCAUCUAAUUUAAAAA